AUGGUGCUGAACGCCGUCCGAGCGGCCGCGCUGGCCGCGCUCCUGCUGCUUCCGACGGCCGCCGCACUCUGGGGUCCCUGGUCCGCCUGCCGCCGAUGCCAGCAGACCCGGCGCCAACUGUGUCCGCCGGGUUCCGAGUGCGGACCGAUGUGGCUCGAGGUGCGCGCAUGUCCCGGGAAACGGUGCCCGCAGCCGCGGCUCCGUGCCCGCGCGGCCAGGAGGCCGCCAGCCUCAGAGAGAAACUUCCGCGUGCUGCACCACCUGCAGAGCCUCGUCUACUCGGACUGGUCUGGCUGGUCUCCCUGCAGCAGCGACUGCAAAACGAGGCGUCAGAGGCUUUGCAAGAUGCCGCUGGUCUGUGGCCAAGGCCAUCUACACGAGGACGCACUCUGCUACGUGCGCGGCAGCCCCUGCGAGAAGCGCUUCGCCUCAGCCAGAGGAGGAGGGGUCUCCGAGAAUGAGGACGACGACGGGACCCAGCUGGGCAGCUGCGGCGUGCCAAGAAGCCCGCAGAGGCCAGCUCUGCGCAUCAUUGGAGGGCAGCCCGCCGCCCGAGGGAGGUGGCCGUGGCAGGUGGCGCUACUGAACCGGCGGCGCGAACCUUUCUGCGGCGGCACAUUGAUAGCCCCUGGCUGGGUGCUCACGGCGGCACACUGCCUGCGCCGGCGGCUCCUUGUGCUGGCCGGGGAGCACAGCCUGGGUCGUCCCGAGGGCUCCGAAGUCACUGUGCGAGUAGCCGAGGCUAUCGCACACCCUCAAUACGACCCCGAGACCGUGGACAUGGACCUGGCGCUUCUGCGCCUGCGCAGCGAGCUGACGCUCGGGCCCUACGUGUUGCCGGCCUGCCUGCCCGAGCAAGGCGACACCCCCCCUCCCGGAGCGCUGGCCACAAUACUUGGCUGGGGCAAGCUCAGCAAGAGGCACGCCAACGGCUCCGACCUGUUGCACCAGGCACAGGUGCCGCUCGUGCCACACUCCGAGUGCCGCGCAGUGUACGCCGACUACCUCAUCAGUGACAACAUGAUGUGCGCUGGCUAUCGGCGCGGAAGAGUCGAUUCUUGCGCUGGUGACAGUGGGGGUCCACUGCUGGCUAGGGACGACCGUGGUCGCUGGACGGUGUUUGGCGUCACCAGCUUCGGCGAAGGCUGUGCGCGUCAAGGACGCUUUGGCAUCUACGCAAAAGUGGCCAACGCGGCGCGCUGGCUGCGCCGCAUCAUGGCCGGCAGCCGGCCAUAGACCACCACACAUCCCCUACCAGUGCUUCUAGUCUCAAAGCCGGCACGCGCCGGCCGUGUGUCACGUGUUGCGCGUCUUUAUCAAAUAUAUGCACCGUUGUUUUUAUAUGCCUCUCAGAGAGGCCAUAGUCUUGUAUACGCCUUUAUCAAGAGUGACUGCACGCUCGAAAUAAAUAUUAUUCUAUGCUUGA